AAAGUGACAGCAGCUGUUUCACGAUUGUGUUUAGAAAAGUAAAUUUAUAUUUUGUUUGUAUUCGAACCAGCACAAGAUGAGUUUGGACAGUUUAUGCACCGAAUUAAUCGUGAAAAUAUGCUCUUACUUAAAUAUAAACGAUUUGUGCAGUUUAAAGCAAACAUCCAAAAGAUAUUACGACGUUAUAUCGUCUUGGGCCGAAGUGCUCUGCAAAAAGGAUCCCCUCACAGUGGUAACGAAUCAAAACAACGAUAAAUUCGUCUCGAAUUGCUACCGCAAACUGCACCAGUGGGACAAAUACAGGGUAUCCAGAAAUUGGGUUAAAGGCAAGUACACCGUUAAAUGUUUCCCAAUAAGCAAAAAGCGUCUGCUUCCCGAUCUCAAAAUGACCGAUAAGUAUUUGUGGAUAAGCCGAGGAGAGCACAUAUUUUGCUACAAGCGAAACACCGAAGGUGUCGACAUUCGCAACCCCGAAGCCGUACUAUUAGGCAAACGCGGAAACGACGUGAUUAAUUUCCAAAUAAAGAACGACAUGUUGGUAAGCGCAUAUGGAAAUGGUAGCAUUGCUCUGUGCGAUAACCCCACCGAAGGUACAACGCUCAACUGCGAGCUGUGCCACGAUUCCGACAUAAAUUCCAUAGAUGUUAACGAAGCCGGUACGAUGGUGGUGUCCGGAUGCAGAGAAGGCAAACUGAAGAUAUGGAGCAUCGUUAAAGAGAACGAACUGAUGUUGGAUCUGAACAAUUUGGCGAACGUCCAGGAAUUGACCAGAAAAGUAUCCAUAUCCGAUUUUAACAACAACGAGAUUGCCGUAUCGACAAGACUGGCGUUAAGUUUGUACGAUUUGAAUAAAUUAAGAUCGCCGCUCACUCUAACGGAUCUAAACAAAAAUAUUGUUGGCGUAAACGAUAUAAAAUGGGACGGGCUGUACACGUUUUGGACGUGCGGUCAUGAUUCUUUAGUCAGACAUUGGGAUUUGAGAUUGGGACGAUGUGUUAAGAGAUUUUUGGACCCUUGCGAUGCGGCUUUGUAUUGUUUGGAACUCGAUCAAUGUAAUACCAUUCUAGCUGGGGCUCAAUCUCACGGUAGAGUCACGUUAUGGGACAGCCGUCUGCGCGAGGCUUUGCAAAUCUAUUUUACUACAAGUAAUCAAACCGUUCACAAAAGCUCGCCCGUUUACAGCUUGGCGUUCGACGCCGAUUAUUUGUACACAGCUACGGAUUGCAAUUUGAAUUUUUUAAAUUUCGCCGGAUACACCGACAAUAUUUUGGACCACAGAUUCUUUUUGCAGCGCAGUUACAAGGUGUCUCUGGAAAGAUGACAGUUAACCCUUUGUACUGCUACUAACAUAUGUUCUCGUUGUCCUUAUCAUUAAACAAAUGUUGUAUCUAAUUGCAUGAUAAAUGAAUUUAUGAAAUGAAAUUAUUUAUCUGAAUGUUAUUUGAAUAUUUGUCUAUAUGUAAAGCCAGGUGUAUAACACUAUACAGUCUGGUCAACGUAAUAAUCAAUUGUUUAACGUUGGUCUAUUAUCUAAAUGGAUUAUCCAGUUACAUAAAUGAGAUGCUGGUAAAUUUCAAGAAAUAGUAACAUACAGAAAGUGGUGGUACAUAGCAUAUUUAAGACCAAAGAUUUUUUUUGUUUUCUUUCCAACAUAUCUCUCUAGAAAGAUGAUAGUUAACCCUCUGUACUGAUAUUAACGUAUGUUCUCGUUGUCUUUAUCAUUAAACAAAUACUCUACAUAUACUAUAUGUAAACGGAUUAUGAAUAUCUAUAUGUGAAUUAAAUUAUUUAUCUGAAUGUUAAUGAAAUAUUUGUCUAUAUGUAUAACCAGGUGUAUAGUUAAAAUACUAUGCACUGUGGUCGAUAAAAUACUCAAUUGUUAAACGUUGGUGUAUUAUUUGGAAUCCAGUAAAAAAAAUGAAACGCUU